AUCUCUUGUAAUUGUACAGCAGUCUUACAACUGCUGCUGCCAUGGAUGAUAGUGAUUUGACCUCUGUAUUGAGUGUGCUUGGUUAAACUCACCCGUGCUACAGCACACAGGUGUGACUGAGAUGCUCUGGGGGGCAGUACAGUCCUUUGCGAGGUCAAUAAUCAAGGCGCCGAAGAUUCACGGGAAGUUCCCGGAUGUUGCUCUUCCAGGAAGUGUGUCUUAUGACAACAAUCCUAUGAUAACGUUGUGUGUUUUGACUUGAGAAACAUAUUGUCUUGAAAACCGAGCAAAAUGGAUUGAUCGUGUGAUCAAAAGAAGAGCAUGGAGAAUGAUGAAUUUCCGUCAGCGGAUGGGGUGGAUAGGCGUCGGACUGUACUUGUUGGCCAGUGUCGCUGCAGUGUAUUAUAUAUUUGAGAUCAGCCAAACAUACAACCGAUUUGCACUGGCACAAAAAGAAGGGGAGGCUGGAGCGCAGACGAAAUGGUCCGGAGAUGCUUCUUCCUCUUCCCCAUCUUCAGCCUCAUGGAUCGUGACUCUGAAAACGAGACUUCUCCUCCUGCCCUUCUGGGUGUGGGCCACCAUUUUCCUCAUUCCGUACCUCCAGGUGUUCCUCUUUCUUUACUCCUGCACAAGGGCGGACCCCAAGACUGUAGGAUACUGUAUUCUGCCCAUCUGCCUUGCUGUUCUCUGCAACCGUCACCAAACCUUUGCCAAGGCCUCCAAUCAGAUCAGCAGACUGCAGCUGAUUGACACUUGAAGUGAUUGUUAAAGAAGAGGGGGCAGAUUUUGGUCACACAGUUUAGUGUCCUUGGGGUUGGGUAAUACAAAAGUGCAUUCAUAAAUAAAAUUAUUUUUUAAGGCUUGGUCCUUUUUUUUUUUUUUUUUUUUUUUUUUUUUUUUUUUGGUGUAGGAAUUAAAAGGGGAAUGUGUUUAGGAGUCUUUUCUUUGUAAUGUUUGUUUUUCUUUAACAACUAAUUGUUUGAGUCACUUGCAAUUCCCCACCAGUUUUUAUUGUGUAUUUUUAGCACAAAAAACUGGACUAUAAGUGAUGUUUCAUACUCUUUCAAGCUGAAUGGCAAAAUUGGUCCGCAUUUUAAGUAAAAAAGAUUUAUAAAGGGAUCUAGAAGUAUUUUCCAUGUCAGCUCAGCACAGAAGUUUUUUAGAAGCUUUGUCUUUAAUUAACUGAAAAAAAAAUAAAACUUUUAUAUUUGAAAUAAAAUUUGAUAAAUGAAAUCUAAGAAACCUAAAUGGAGUCAAGUAAGCCAUUGUCCAAGAUGUGGAGGAUGUUGAUGGGGCUGCGUACUGAACUCUGUGUGCUACUUGAAUUACACGUCUAAUGGUGAAUAGAUUUACUAUAAAUCAAGAUGAACAAAGAUGUGGACAGCUGUAAAUGUUUCCGUACUAUGAGGCUAAUGGAUUUGUAGUGUCACUUUAAUGCUCCAGGCUUUUGUUCUCAACUCCAGUGGACAUUUUAUUAAAUAAGAAAAUGCUUACAAGUAGUGCCACAUAUGUAUUUUCCAGUUGUUUAUAACAGUGUCUGUCUUUUCAUUUGUUUUGAAUAAACUGCACUCAAGGCAGGGACAAAGAAAGGAGUUGUUAUAAGGAAACUUUUGUAUUAAAAACGAUCUGUGAUGAAUUCACUUUAAUAUCAGUAUUUUUGUUGAAGGAUGAUUUUUUUGUCAGCUCUAGACAUGGAGUCAUUUUUCCUAUUCUUUAAUUUGUGUUUAUUUGACAAAUACUAAUUUCCAUGAUUAUAGUGAUAAUCAAGUAUCCUCAGAGAAAAGACAUCUGUGUUUCAGAAAACAAGUUGUUCGUAUCCAUGCCUGUGUGGAAUAGUUGUUGAGGGACAUAAGCAUCAUUUUACAGUGUGAAUAAUCUUAUCUUGCAUAAGAAAUGCAAAGGUUAUUUAGACUUGUUGGGUGUGGUAGGGUGUCUGGCACAAGACACUGGGUAUCAAACUUCUCGACUUCAACCUGUGAUGCAGAUCCAAGUGUUUAAUUUUUUAAAAUCACUUCUUUUGUGGCGAUAGUGUCUUUGAUCAUAUGUGGAUGAUUUAAUGCAUUUGUUGAAAUGUUCAAAUAAGGCAAAUCAUUUUUGUCUAAAAGGGCUUGACUGUGAAUUUAUAAUGUUUAAUUGGUAUUAUAACUUUCCAUUGCAAUCUUAAUACACUGUGGUUUGAAACAACUCUGGAUUCUGAACAAAAAUCAAUAAAGAAAUGUAAUGUGCACUGUG